GUGACACUCGUGCAGUGGAAGCGUGUGAGGCCGGUUCUUCAGCGUCUGUCAGCGGAUCAUGUCGUGGCUCUUCGGGCUCAAUAAAGGCCAGAGCGGCGCUCCGGUUCCGCCCGCUCCUCCUCCUCCUCCGGCCGGCGGCUCCGGCUCCGGUUCGGGUGACAAACCCAAGGACAAAUGGAGCAACUUCGACCCGACCGGGCUGGAGCGCGCGGCGCAGGCGGCCAAAGAGCUGGACCGAUCGCGUCACGCCAAAGAGGCGCUGGAUCUGGCGCGCAUGCAGGAGCAGAGCGUGCAGCUGGAGCACCACAGCCGCGUCAAGGAGUACGAGGCGGCAGUGGAGCAGCUGAAGGGCGAUCAGAUCCGCAUCCAGGCAGAGGAGCGCAGGAGGACUCUGAACGAGGAGACCAAACAGCACCAGGCGAGGGCGCAGUAUCAGGACAAACUGGCGCGGCAGCGGUACGACGAGCAGCUCCGGCAGCAGCAACUCCUGAACGAGGAGAACCUGCGCAAACAGGAAGAGUCCGUGCAGAAACAGGAAGCCAUGAGGAGAGCGACCGUUGAGCACGAGAUGGAGCUGCGGCACAAGAACGAGAUGUUGCGCGUGGAGGCGGAGUCUAAAGCUCGCGCGCGUGUGGAGCGAGAGAACGCUGACAUCAUCCGCGAACAGAUCCGACUGAAGGCGGCCGAACACAGACAGACCGUUCUCGAGUCCAUACGGACGGCGGGUGCUGUGUUCGGUGAAGGUUUCCGCGCGUUUACAUCAGACUGGGAUAAAGUGACGGCGACGGUGGCGGGACUCACGCUGCUGGCGGUGGGCGUUUAUUCCGCGCGUAACGCUACUACUGUGGCCGGACGAUACAUUGAGGCGCGGCUAGGAAAACCUUCGCUCGUGCGAGAAACGUCACGAUUCACUGUGGUGGAAGCCCUCAAACACCCCGUCAAGAUGGCGAAGCGCUUGAAGAGCAAGCCGCAGGACGCGCUGGAGGGAGUCGUGCUCAGCCCUUCGCUGGAGGAGCGCGUGCGCGACAUCGCCAUAGCGACGAGGAACACGCGACAGAACCGCGGGCUGUACCGGAACAUCCUGAUGUAUGGGCCGCCGGGGACGGGGAAGACGCUCUUCGCUAAGAAGCUGGCGAUGCAUUCUGGGAUGGAUUACGCCAUCAUGACGGGAGGAGACGUGGCGCCGAUGGGCCGAGACGGAGUGACGGCGAUGCACAAGGUGUUUGACUGGGCCGGAACCAGCGGCCGCGGACACACAGACAAGACAGCUGAUGUGGUGUGUGUGUGUUUCAGGUUCAUGCUGGUUCUGGCCAGUAAUCAGCCUGAGCAGUUUGAUUGGGCCAUAAACGACCGAAUUGAUGAGAUCGUGAACUUCAUGCUGCCGGGACUCGAGGAGAGAGAGAGACUCGUGCGGCUCUACUUUGACCGAUACGUGCUGGAGCCGGCCACCGGAGGGCGCAGGAGGCUGAAGCUGGCUCAGUUCGAUUACGGGCUGAAGUGUUCGGAGAUUGCGAAGCAUGUGGAGGGAAUGUCCGGACGAGAAAUCUCCAAACUCGCAGUCGCCUGGCAGGCGGCGGCGUACUCCUCCGAGGAUGGUGUACUGACCGAGGCCAUGAUCGACGCGCGGGUGGAUGACGCCGUGAGACAGCACCGGCAGAAGAUGGACUGGCUUCAUGGAGAAGGGGUUCUGGAUAACGAGGGCCGGCCGACACCCACCAAAGGCUCCGCACCGCCGCUCAAGGCACAGGAAGUGCUCCGCCCUCUACAGGAAGUGCCAUCAGACCGGAGCAAACGCGACGGGACUCCAGUUUAACGCUCGUUUGGAGUAACGAUUAGAGCUGCAGAAGUGUCUGUCUGUUGUGUGUUUGUGCUGCUGUUUACUGAUCACAAGUCUGUAACUUUAAUUCACUGUUAAUAAUCACUGAGAAACUGGAAACAAGUCCACAUGAAAUCAAUGGAAACUGUUUUUAUGUCUGACAGUAAAGCAAUUUUCGUUUCUU